AUGAAAAAAUUUCUUUCAGCAAUAAAGAAUGUGACAGACCCUGAAAAAAUGGUAAAGUAUGGAGCUUAAAAACUUGAAAACUUUGCUGAUUAUUUAGAUCCUAAUAAUGAAAAGUCUUCUCAACAAAUUCCAUUUAUGGUAAUAGCCAUAAUUAAAAUUUAUUCUAGAUCACUAGACAAAUGAAAUAUGAUCUUAUGGAUUUAGGAUAUAAUUAUGAUGAUAUAAAAAAAAUGACACCAACUUACGCCAGUAAUCUAUUAUAAAAUCAAAUUUAAAAAAAAUAGAAGUGA